UUCCCGGGAGCUGUAGCUUAGCAUUAGGAGCUUCUGCUCACAGUUUUCCUUCAUAGCUCUUGGGUGUCCUUCACCAGGGUCUCCUCUUUCCCAAAAUCCAGAUGAAGUUUCUCUUACUAAUGAGUCUUUAUCUGAUUGGAUAUGCCAGAGGAGCAUCAGGUCAGCCUGAUGAGCCUCCUGGCUCUAUGGAUCAUCAAGCUUCAGUUCAGCAACUUUCAGGUGAGUACUUUUCACUUGGAAACCCAUCAGAUGGUGAGGCUUUAUAUGAGACUGCUGCAGGUGAGAACACUUUAAGUGAGCACACUUCAGGUGAGCAUACUUCCGUUGAGCACUUUUCAGCUGAACAUUCUUCAACUGAGCAUACUUCAGGUGAGCACACUUCAGGUGAACACACUUCAGGUGAACGUGCUACGGGUGAACACACCUCUAGUGAACAUGCUACAAGUGAGCACACUUCUGGUGAACAGCCUUCUGGUGAACAGCCUUCCGGUGAAAAGUCUUCAGGUGAACAGCCUUCCGGUGAAAAGUCUUCAGGUGAACAGCCUUCCGGUGAACAGUCUUCUGGUGAAAAACCUUCAGCUGAACAAACUUCAGGUGAACAGGCUGUAGCUGAAAAGCCUUCAGGUGAACAGGCUGUAGCUGAAAAGCCUUCAGGUGAACAGGCUGUAGCUGAAAGGCCAUCAGGUGAACAAGCUUCCAAUGAGAAGGCUUACAGUGAACAGGCUUCAGCUGAACAAGCUUCAGCUGAACAGGCUUCAAGUGAACAGGCUUCAGGUGAAAAGCCACUGGGUGAACAGCCUUCAGGCAUUCCACCUUCAAGCACAUUUUCAGGCCCAAUAUUAAAUUGUCACACAUGCUCAUAUAUGAAUGAUCAAGGAAAAUGUCUUCGUGGAGAGGGAGUCUGCUCCACUCAGAAUUCCCAGCAGUGCAUGUUAAAGAAGAUCUUUGAAGGUGGAAAACUCCAAUUCAUGGUUCAGGGAUGUGAAAACAUGUGCCCAUCUAUGAAUCUCUUCUCCCAUGGAACCAGGAUGCAAAUUAUAUGUUGUCGGAACCAAUCUUUCUGCAACAAGAUCUAGAAGCCUGUGCCCUUGCUUCCUACCCUGACUCAGGCAGCAAAAAUCCUCCAUCACCCAAUAUGGCCCAAUUUAUGUUUUGUUUCUUCCCCAGUCAACAACUAAUUACAUCUGCCUCUGAGUGUUAAACAGAAUGUGCAAAUACUUCACUUUUCUUCUCCUAUCCAUGCUGUUUCCCAUUUUUCUCUGUCAUCUGUCUUCCCUUACCCCAUCUCUCAACAUUCUUUUCUUUCUCAAUAAAUUCCGCAUGGUCAAGAA